CGGUAGAGGAUUGUGGAGAAGGAAAGUUUAUAACCAGCAGCACCAGGAUGGACUUCCCGGCUGCCCAACCAAAACCUGCUGCCGAUGGUAAAAUCAUCUACUAUCCUCCUGGAGUGAAGGAGAUUACGGACAAAAUUACCAACGAUGAGGUGGUUAAACGGUUAAAGAUGGUGGUAAAAACCUUCAUGGAUAUGGACCAGGACUCGGAGGAUGAGAAGCAGCAGUAUCUCCCAUUAGCCUUGCACCUUGCAUCUGAAUUCUUCCUCAGGAAUCCCAAUAAAGAUGUACGCCUCCUUGUAGCAUGUUGCUUGGCUGAUAUCUUUCGUAUAUAUGCUCCUGAAGCUCCAUAUACUUCCCAUGACAAACUUAAGGACAUAUUCUUGUUUAUUACAAGACAAUUAAAAGGCUUGGAGGACACGAAGAGCCCUCAAUUUAACAGAUACUUCUACUUGUUAGAGAAUUUAGCUUGGGUUAAAUCUUACAACAUCUGCUUUGAGUUGGAAGAUUGCAAUGAAAUUUUUAUUCAGCUUUUUAGGACUCUUUUUUCAGUUAUCAAUAAUAGCCACAACCAGAAGGUACAAAUGCAUAUGCUGGAUUUGAUGAGUUCUAUCAUCAUGGAAGGCGAUGGAGUAACUCAGGAGCUGCUGGACUCCAUUUUGAUUAACCUCAUUCCUGCACACAAGAACCUUAAUAAACAAGCAUUUGAUCUUGCAAAAGUCCUGUUGAAAAGGACCGUCCAGACCAUUGAGCCAUGUAUUGCCAACUUUUUUAACCAGGUUCUGGUACUGGGAAAGUCUUCAGUAAGUGACUUAUCAGAACAUGUGUUUGACUUGAUACAAGAGCUUUUUGCCAUAGAUCCUCACUUACUGCUGUCUGUCAUGCCACAGCUUGAGUUCAAGCUGAAGAGCAAUGAUGGAGAAGAACGUUUGGCUGUUGUUCGACUUCUGGCUAAACUCUUUGGCUCCAAAGAUUCUGAUCUGGCCACGCAAAAUCGUCCUCUUUGGCAGUGCUUUCUUGGGCGGUUCAAUGAUAUCCAUGUCCCUGUGAGAUUAGAGAGUGUGAAAUUCGCCAGUCAUUGUUUAAUGAACCAUCCAGACUUAGCAAAAGACCUCACUGAGUAUUUGAAGGUUAGAUCACAUGACCCAGAAGAAGCCAUUCGACAUGAUGUUAUUGUUACAAUUAUUACUGCGGGCAAGAGAGAUCUUUCUUUAGUCAAUGACCAGCUGCUUGGCUUUGUAAGGGAAAGAACGCUAGACAAACGGUGGCGAGUAAGAAAAGAAGCUAUGAUGGGUCUUGCCCAGCUAUACAAGAAGUAUUGUCUUCAUGCCGAGGCUGGAAAAGAUGCUGCAGAGAAAGUGAGCUGGAUAAAGGAUAAACUUUUGCACAUAUAUUAUCAAAAUAGCAUUGAUGACAAAUUACUGGUAGAGAAAAUCUUUGCUCAGUAUCUCGUUCCACACAAUUUGGAAACGGAAGAGCAGUGCUUGUACUAUUUGUAUGCUAGCUUGGAUCCGAAUGCUGUCAAAGCACUGAAUGAGAUGUGGAAGUGCCAGAACAUGCUAAGAAGUCACGUACGAGAAUUACUAGACUUGCAUAAGCAGCCCACUUCAGAAGCAAACAGUGCUGCCAUGUUUGGAAAGCUGAUGACCAUAGCAAAAAACCUUCCAGAUCCUGGCAAAGCGCAAGAUUUUGUGAAGAAAUUCAAUCAGGUUCUGGGUGACGAUGAGAAACUUCGGUCCCAGCUUGAGCUGUUAAUUAGCCCUACGUGUUCUUGUAAACAGGCAGAUGUCUGUGUGAGGGAGAUAGCCCGGAAACUUGCAAAUCCUAAGCAGCCAACAAAUCCUUUUCUGGAAAUGGUAAAAUUUCUUUUGGAAAGAAUUGCCCCUGUACAUAUUGACUCAGAAGCCAUUAGUGCACUAGUAAAACUAAUGAAUAAAUCCAUAGAGGGGACAGCUGACGAUGAAGAGGAGGGUGUAAGUCCUGAUACUGCUAUUCGUGCAGGACUUGAACUUCUCAAGGUUCUGUCCUUUACACAUCCUACCUCGUUCCACUCUGCAGAGACCUAUGAGUCUCUGCUGCAGUGCCUCAGGAUGGAAGAUGAUAAGGUAGCUGAGGCAGCCAUUCAGAUUUUCAGAAACACGGGUCACAAAAUAGAAACAGACCUGCCACAGAUAAGAUCAACACUAAUUCCGAUUUUGCAUCAGAAAGCAAAAAGAGGCACUCCUCAUCAGGCAAAACAAGCUGUUCACUGUAUACAUGCCAUAUUUUCAAAUAAAGAAGUACAACUUGCACAGAUCUUUGAGCCUCUUAGUAGAAGUUUGAAUGCUGAUGUACCAGAACAACUUAUAACUCCAUUAGUCUCAUUGGGUCAUAUUUCUAUGUUGGCUCCAGACCAGUUUGCUUCUCCAAUGAAAUCUGUUGUAGCAAAUUUCAUUGUGAAAGAUCUCCUAAUGAAUGACAGGUCAACAGGUGAGAAAAAUGGAAAAUUGUGGUCUCCAGAUGAAGAAGUUUCUCCAGAAGUACUAGCAAAGGUGCAAGCAAUUAAACUUUUGGUACGCUGGCUGUUGGGUAUGAAAAACAACCAGUCGAAAUCCGCAAAUUCUACGCUCCGGUUAUUAUCAGCUAUGCUUGUCAGUGAAGGAGACUUGACAGAACAGAAGCGAAUCAGUAAAUCAGAUAUGUCUCGACUGCGGUUAGCUGCUGGUAGUGCAAUAAUGAAGCUUGCACAGGAACCCUGUUACCAUGAAAUAAUUACCCCAGAACAGUUCCAGCUCUGUGCACUUGUCAUUAAUGAUGAGUGCUACCAAGUGAGGCAGAUAUUUGCCCAGAAACUGCAUAAGGCACUUGUGAAAUUACUGCUCCCUUUGGAAUAUAUGGCAAUCUUUGCUUUGUGUGCCAAAGACCCUGUGAAAGAGAGAAGAGCACAUGCCAGACAGUGCUUGCUCAAAAACAUCAGUAUACGAAGAGAAUAUAUUAAGCAGAAUCCUAUGGCUAACGAAAAAUUGCUAUCCUUGCUGCCUGAAUAUGUGGUACCAUAUAUGAUUCACUUACUGGCACAUGAUCCGGAUUUCACAAAACCUCAGGAUGUUGAUCAGCUUCGUGAUGUCAAAGAGUGCCUGUGGUUCAUGCUUGAAGUUUUAAUGACAAAGAAUGAGAACAAUAGCCAUGCCUUCAUGAAAAAGAUGGCAGAAAACAUCAAGCUUACCCGAGAUGCUCAGUCUCCUGAUGAGCCAAAGGCCAAUGAAAAACUUUAUACAGUAUGUGAUGUAGCACUAUGUGUAAUCAACAGCAAAAGUGCUUUGUGCAAUGCAGAUUCACCGAAGGACCCCGUAUUGCCAACCAAAUUUUUUACACAACCUGAAAAGGAUUUCUGCAAUGACAGGAAUUACAUUUCAGAAGAGAUAAGGGUUCUUCUUUUGACAGGAAAGCCAAAACCAACUGGUGUAUUAGGUACAGUAAACAAACCAUUAUCUGCAACUGGAAGGAGACCGUAUAUUAGAACUACAGGAUCAGAGACUGGAAGCAAUAUCAGUGUAAACUCUGAGCUGAGCUCUUCUGCAGGAAACAGAUCAAGGGAACAAAGUUCGGAUAUAUCAGAAACCGGGGUCAGUGAAAAUGAUGAAAAUCCAGUGAGGAUUAUUUCAGUCACACCAGCAAAGACAGAACCUGUGAAAAACAAGGAGAUUAAUUCUGAUCAGGCUACACAAGGCAACAGCACUGAACGUGGGAAAAAAAGAACAGCAACAGCAUCGGGAACCGAGAAUAUUCAUCAAAAACCAGAAGAAAAAAAUGUAGAUGAAACAGGACCAUCACUCGCAGCAAAAACCAGGAGAGGGCGUCCACCCAAACCUGAACCUCAGGGUACCACUGCAAAAAAUGAGGAAACAAAUAAACCACCUGUCAGGGGAAGGAAAAGGGCAGCAGUCAGUCAAGAAAGUCCAGGGAGUUUGGAGGCAGGUAACGCCAAAGCACCAAAACAGCAAGACACAGCAAAAAAGCCAGCAGCAGCACAGAGACAAAUUGAUCUACAAAGAAGCCAGGUGCUUGGAAGUGAUGGAGAUUCACUGUUGGAGAUAGACUCAAGUCCAGAAUAUUCCCAAAAUGCAAUGGAUCUUUUUAAGGCCUGUGGGAGCAGCCAGGAAGAUACUGAGGAUACAGAGAUAGCAGAGGGAGGCUUCCUUAAGGUAAAAAGAAAACUCGCUCAAAAAGGGAGGAAAUGAAGGCCAAAUAAAGGCAUGCUCCAAGCUUCUGCAAAAACUAGGAUUCAGAAAUUUCCUAUACAGGAACUGAAAUUACUUCAAAACACACAGCUUUCAGCUCUGAAACCAGAAGGAAAACUAUGCUUCCCUUUCACGUGAAAUUAAUCCUUCUCAAUGGAAAUGUAAAGCAGAAACUCUUGAGAAAGAGGCUAAAAGCAUCUGUACUUAUUUCCCCAGAGACUUUUUUUAUGAAAAGUCAAUAAUUAAGCAAAUUGCUUAACACUUGGUUCCAGUUCCUGCAUUCUGGAGUUUAAAAGUGUAUUUACACCAUUAAUUUUCAUGCUGCAUUUUUUUUUUUAAAGAAAGUCAGAGGAGGUCCUUACACUGACACUGAAAAUUCGUGAUCCUAGAGCCAGGUAUUCCCAGUUUCACAGAAAAAGUAGAAGUCUACUGAAUGGAUUUUAAACAAGACUAGAGGAAAAAAAAAAUCACAAAAAAAUUUUUUUGCUUUACUUUUGGAGACUGUUUUAUGUAUAAUUCUUUCUGCCUGCCUACUUUUCUGCAAAAAUAAGAUGUACAGAUUUUAGUUCCCUGCUAUGAAAAGUCAUGUGGUGGCAAUUUUAUAAAUGUUGCUUUCUGAUUUUUAUCAGAGUGGGAAAGUAAUCACUUAAAAUUAUUAUUAAUUCGCAAGUAGACAUUUCAUUUUUUAAUUUUUCCCUCCAUUUUAGUUUAAUAUAAUUUGCAAUAAAUGUACAUAUUGAUGUUUGUUUUAUAAAAACAUAUAUCACUUUUAAGUGUUUUUACUCCUGCGGUUCUGUUGGAAUAUUCUAAAUUUUAAAGGAGUAAAGACAGUCCAGCAUUUGAUUUUAUAAUGUUUGUCACCAGAUUUUUAUUAUUGAUGUAAAGAAAAAAAAAUCAAUUUUUAAAAAUAGUUGGACUUUGGCAGCUUUGUAAGGAAAGUUGGAAAUGUUUAGGAUUGCUCUCAAUUUUAAGCAUUGUGCUGAUUGGAAGUAAGUCUGUUUUGCAUUUUGUCUUCCUGUCCAGGCUCAUUUUUUAAUGUUUAUUUUAGACGAUUGUUGCAUCAAUAUUAUGUUUCCUGGCAUUGUUCAGCAUAGAUACAGUGUACACUUUUAUGUACACAUGAUCAUAUUUAAGUUUGUUGCAUAAAAUAAACGCUUCUAGGUGUCAUGUGGCGGUCUUUUUUUAAUUUUUUUAAAAUUUUCUUUCACAGAAAACUACUUGCUAUAUCUGUGCAUGGUCUUGGAUGUUCAUAGUAAUAUUGUAUUGAGCAAAGAAGUUGUAAUGCAGACAGUUACAUAGUUUAAAAGAUAGUUUUUUUAGGUGAAGUGCUUUAUCUUGUAAAGUUGUAUGGGAAGAAGGGGGUCGAUCUGCAGAGCGACAGUGAACAGUUCACUUUGUUUCCCUGUGCUUCGUUGCCCGUUUCUCUUCUGGAAAUUGUUUUGAAAUCCCUUGAUGCGUUGUAGAGGAGCUGGAUACUGUUGACAUUAGUUAAGGAUUACUUGCUCUCCUAAAAUGGAUGGGGCGCGGUUGUGUGCUGUUAAACAAUGACUAAGUCUCUCGUAUCAAGUGUUUCACUGGUGUUAGAGUUAUUUUUCCUCUGUAACAGAGAAAAUCAGACUCUCUUCACAAAGCAGUAUAUGCAACUCACUCUCUAAAGCAAUCUGCGAUGCUUUGACGUGAAGGCUUUGAAAUGCUUUUGACAGAGGGAGACUGGGAGAUUUUUAAAAGCAUUUAAUUACACAUCCAUCAGGGUUUUGAUUUCUAAAACUGAAAUAACUUCACAAGAUGGAUUUGCUGACUGUAAUGCAGUUUCUUCUUAGUGCUCUGGUCAAAUACUUCCCUCGUGCAAAAGUUACAGUAUUUUGGUUUAAACCAAUUUUAAAAUGUUUUCGAAAGAAGUUUUUAGGUGCUACCUAAAAAAGGAACUCUUUUCAAAAUGAGCUCUGGUACCUAGUGGUUGUGCCUCUAACAAUGAUUUGAAAUCUGGACUUGACAAAUUUUGCAGAUAUUCAGAAUUGUUUCCAAAAGCUCUGAUUUUUGUAAAGCAAAUAGUUGUUGGGGUUUGGGUUUGGUUUCUUUUUUUUUUCUUUUUUGGGCUGCUUUUAAUCAGUUCAAAUGUCAAGUUACUCAAGGAAUCAGCAUAGAAUAAUUU